GCGGGGCAGCCUGAGGGGGCGGGGUUUGUGGUAUUCACGCCAGGUUGCCCGGACCUCUUUUCUAACUCCGCUGGCUGCGGCCUGUGAGGAAAGUGUGACUAGUCUGCCGGAAGUCGCAUCAAUGGCCUCCGUGCUGUCCUACGAAAGCUUGGUCCACGCCGUGGCAGGAGCCGUGGGAAGUGUGACCGCAAUGACAGUGUUUUUUCCCUUGGAUACAGCUAGACUUCGACUUCAGGUUGACGAAAAGAGGAAGUCCAAAACUACACACAUGGUGCUGCUGGAGAUCAUUAAAGAAGAAGGCCUCCUGGCACCAUAUCGAGGGUGGUUUCCAGUUAUUUCCAGUCUCUGUUGCUCCAAUUUUGUCUAUUUCUACACUUUUAAUAGUCUCAAAGCAGUGUGGGUCAAAGGUCAACGUGCUACUACUGGAAAAGACCUGGUAAUUGGAUUUGUUGCAGGAGUGGUGAAUGUGUUGCUAACGACUCCACUGUGGGUGGUAAACACCAGACUGAAGCUGCAAGGGGCAAAAUUUCGGAAUGAAGACAUUGUACCAACCAACUACAAAGGCAUUAUUGAUGCUUUUCACCAGAUCAUCCGAGAUGAAGGUGUCUUGGCUUUGUGGAAUGGCACAUUUCCCUCCUUGCUGCUGGUCUUCAAUCCUGCUAUCCAAUUCAUGUUCUAUGAAGGUUUAAAACGGCAGCUUUUAAAGAAACGGAUGCAGCUUUCUUCUUUGGAUGUGUUCAUCAUUGGUGCAGUAGCCAAAGCAGUUGCUACCACGGCUACCUACCCCAUGCAGACAAUACAGUCGAUUCUGAGAUUUGGGCGUCACAGACUAAACCCAGAAAACAGAACGCUGGGGAGCCUGCGGAAUGUUCUCUAUCUUCUUCAUCAGCGAGUCAAGCGUUUUGGGAUAAUGGGACUCUACAAAGGCCUGGAAGCCAAGCUGCUGCAGACAGUACUCACCGCGGCACUCAUGUUCCUCGUUUAUGAGAAAUUGACGGCCGCUACCUUCACCAUCAUGGGGCUGAAGCGUGCUGCUCACAAGCACUGAGCCGCGUGGCCUGCGAAGAGCCGAGAUCCUUGAGACCAGGCCUCACCUUCCAAGUGCAGACCCUGCCCCUUCCCCACACGCUAUCCUCAGCGGUCGGACAGGCAGGGAGAGAGAAGUGGGGAGCUUCAAAACUUGCCUGAAAGCUGGUUGGAUUUGGCAAAACUUUUCCAUCAGAAGUUUAUCUUAAAAUUACAAGUUCAUCUCUUUCCCCAAACUCUCUCCCAGGUUCUAGAACAAAUUCAAUAAUGUGUAAUUCUCCUCAGAUAUUUUCAUAUGUCUUAGUAUUUUCCUCACUAAAAGUCAUAUUUUGCUGGUGCUGUGGGCAUGACUUUAUUUUUGUUGGACUUUUUUUUUUUUUUUCUGCUUAAGGAGUGUUAAAUGAACUAUUUAUUUUGUGGAGGAAAUGAAUAUUCAUCCCAGGUGACUCUCUUGCAAACUCUUGGUAAACAAUACUUACUCAUUAGUGUUUGGUACAGUUUUUAAAAAUAUUUAUUUUGAAUCCACUCUAUUAAUAAAAAGGCUGAAGUUUUAUGUCAUCCAUAUAAAGCUGCAAUCACUUUAUCCCAAUUUACUGUGCUCCAAUAAAUUGUCAGCACAAA